AUGGCCACGAUGAGUCAAUCGAUGCUGAGUGAACUCGUCGAGGAGAUAGAUUUCAUCCUCCUCAAUGAGAAACCUUUCAAUUAUCAAGCCCAGUCCCGCAAUUCAUUCCAAAUAUUGAACGACCUCCUGGACCAAGAUCAUGAGAAGACCCUCUUGGAACAAUGGAACACAAUCAAAUCAUGCCAGUGUCAGGCCAUCGUUUCUGCUGCCUACAGAAACCGUACAUUCAACCAACAGGCCACCAUCUUUCUGUUGAAGCUCUGCAAGCGCCCGUACCUCGUGAAACUGGCUUUGGGUCUUGCGGGCUCCAACCGCCGAAUUUUUGUUCAAGGAAUUCUGAAUCAAGUCUUGUUUUAUCAAUCCACGCCGAAUAUUGCAAGUCAGCCUCUUCCAAUCGACAACGUGACAGAGCUAUGUGAGAGCGCAUUACCAUACGAGAAGUAUGGCGGUGUUCUCUACUCCGAGGUUCUCUUGAGAGAGAUUGGCAAUUGGAAGCAUGCAUCGCCAUCGGUCUGGAAUCGACGAGUCAAGGCUCUGUUUGGAACCCUAGGUUUGGGGGCUCUGGCCGAAAUUGCAGAACCGGAUCUCGAACUGGCCUAUGAAAAUUGGAAGACUCUGAUGAAAUCAGCUGAUCACCUGGAUUCGAUGGUCUCCGUUCAUAUCGCGUCUUCGCUUUACCGACUUGGCUGCAGACACGAUGUGUUUGCAGUAUUGCCGCAAUCCAUACAGUCUGUAUUCCCCAAUAUGCCGUCGACAUUGUCACAGUGGCUCAUUCGAGCGCGUCAGCUAUUCAUUCCGCCUCAAGGUGCAAAAAUCUUCAAAGUCACUUUCAUCCGGACCGUGAAAGCUGUGGUUGAUACACUCACUGAGAGAUCGCCUUUUCAUCUCGAGAUGACGGUCAUGGCAGCGGAAAUUCUUCCUCAUAUUGAUGUUCGGUGUUUCCGAGAUUGGGGCGAAGAAGCAGCCACGGCUUUAGAAAAGCUGAAGGAGAAAUUGCUCGAGCCCAGCAUUCCGCCCGCAGUCAUGGCUCAUGCAUUUUGCGUCCUUCGUAUCGGAACCACAACUCACGAGACUGAUGUUCCCACCAAUUUCAUCGCUCUGUUUGAGCCCAUUGUCAAGGCCUUGCUGUUACAGCCUCAGCCCUUUUCGGCCAACGAAAUGAAGAGUCCUUGGUAUUUCGUCAUGGCUGUCAUCGAGCUUCUUCCAAUCAGCUCUAAAGGAUCGGUGUCAAAGGAGUCGGUUACUCAAUGUCUCCAAGUCGUUUUGACUGCCGUUUUUGAUCUAUGUCGUCCUGCUAAUCUUGACCCCAAAAAUCGUCUCGGCAUUGAGUGGGCCUCAACACUGCUUAGAGCGUUGGAGAAACAUAUGGGAAUGUCGAUGGAUGAUGAUGGAUUUCUUCCCAACAUCUUCUGCAAUGUGGUUCGCAAUCUUGGGUUUCCCAGUUGGUGGACAAUCAAUCUGUCAAAUCCGCACGAGCCUCAAAACUGUGCGAGGUUGAAAAGCUGUCCACAUCAUGCCGAAUUCGCCAGACAGCAAUUGUGCAAAGAUCUCUCUCGUAUUUUCAUGGAAAUCUCUUCGCAGAUUGAUCAUCUCGCAGACUGUGAUGAUAUCGUCAAACUCCGAGCUCAAGCAAAAGCUCAACGAGACAUGGCCACACCUAAUGUGAGUUGGGACGUUUGUCGGUUUGGACAAGUGCCUACCCAUCUUGAGGAACUGGACAAAGAAAAGGAAAAGUUUAUUGAAUUGACGCGGGCCCUGAAGAUCACAGAAGAGGACUUGCUUGAAACCGAGCAAACACGCCGAGCAACAAACGCCAGUUUUUCUCGGGCUCGCGAGGGGAAGGCAUAUCUUUUACGAUGGUCUCAAAAUCUCAGUAGUGCUCUCCAAGACCUACACCUAGAACGUGGACUUCUACAAGAACAACUGUCGGCCACACUCAGAGAGAUGGAGCGACAACGAGAGAACGAUCAAACUGAAAAAGACGACACCAUUCGUGAACUCCGAGAGCAAAUUGAAGACAUGGAACUUGCGAACCAUGGCAUCGAUUUGUACAUCCAACGCCAAGAAGAGGUUGCACGUAUGACCCAAGAGCGUUUGGAGACACAAAUCCAAUGGUUGAGACAACAGCUUGAUGACAAGGACAAAGAGCUCAAGGAGGCUCACGACAAAGAAAUCAAGGCCCUGCUAGCCAGAUUUGAGGACCAGAAAACUGCAAUGAAUAAGCAGCUACGUGCCUACGUCGAACUUCUCGAAGAAACCGAAAUCGAAUCUGCCAGCAAAGACGCUACGAUUAAAGAGCUGGAACUACAAAGAGAAGAACUCUCGAGCAACGAGCAGCAACUAUGGGAGGAAAACCAAGAUCUCACACUCCAACUUCUCGACUUGGUCAACGACAACGAAAAACUUUCUGAGAAAGUCAAGGAGCUCGAAGAAAUGAGCGAAGCCCUCACAUUGCAAAACAACCACUUGGCCUCGUCUGAAGAGAAAUGGAAAAUUGAGACUGAACGCUUGGUCAAGGAGGCUAGUGAGCUCAAGGAGAGGGAGCAGAAGCUUUUGGAUGUUCUACAGCGACCCCAUUGA